UCAUAAACUUGGCUCUACAUGCAAGCUAUAUUUUACCAACUGGUUUGGAAAGGGAAUAAUUCAUAAGAUUAUUAGGGACAGAAAACCAGUUUCAUGUGUUAAUGCAAAUAGGAUUUCUUGAAGAUGGGUGUUAACUAGGAUGCUGCACCAUAUAGUAUGGUAGAUAUCGACGUGUUUGAAGAACUUUCCGCCGCCAUCAUCAGGGUAACGACUCACCGCUGCGCAACAUCCCAGAAUACUUGUUGCCAGGAGAACCUAAAACUCAUAUGGGUUCCUUGCCUUCGCAGGUUCAGUGACUGUAAUUUUCUUCCUAUUAUACAAUAUUGUUUCUUUAAAUAUUCAUUCCAUUCUAUUCUAUUCUAUUUGUAGCUUAACCCAGUAGCGGGUCAUCGCCGCCUCCAUUCGGAGGUUUCAUAGUCUUUAAAGCGUGCAUUUAUGCGUAGUGAGUGACCAGCCCACUGAAAUAUUCAUUGUUUCGAGAAAUAAUAUGCACUACAAUGAAGAUGUCGACGAAACAGUUUCUAAACAUGGCAUAAAAUGUAUGCUGUGAACUUCUUUAUCGAUUGACUAUCAAAUGAACACACAAUUACGAGAAAACUCAUGGCCAACACCCCAGAUAUUUGCAAAUAGCACAGAUAACCUAACAGUGGCUAACUCUGUACCGAAUAGAGGUUAUGUACUUCUUAUGGAGAUAUUUUAAGAGUCAAGAUGAACUGCAGUAUUGAAUAACAUUGUAGCAGGACAAUGUUCAAGCUUGAAUCUUACAUCACACCAAUAUUACUGAGCUAUGUAGACAAGUACAUAAAGAAUUUUAGACCUGAGGAUUCACAGGUGUCAUUAUGGGGAGGAGAUGCUUCAUUCCACAACCUGGAUCUUAGGUUGGAAGUACUGGAGCAGGAACUACAGCUGCCAUUCAGUUUUGUUAGUGGUCACAUUCAUGAGUUGCUGAUACAUGUGCCAUGGACGAAGCUGGCUUCAGAACCUAUUACCAUCACUAUCAAUACUAUAGAAUGCAUACUCAAGUUGCAUGGAGAAGAUUCUGUAGGAUCUGAUUCUGCAAGCCAUGCAAGUUCAGCUACAAAUACUUCCAAGGACAGCCGUAGGAAAGCUAAUAAGCGACAAGAUGUGGUGGCACCACCAGGCUAUGUGCAGAGCCUAGUGAACAAGAUUGUGAGCAACAUUACCAUUUUAUGCAACAAUCUUAUCCUCAAAUAUGUGGAAGAAGAUAUUGUUCUGUCUGUCAAUGUGAAAACUGUGACUCUGCAGUCAGCUGACAAAUCAUGGCAACCAGCAUUCACAGACUUAUCACCAACACAAAUAAUGUUGCGGAAACUGGUCAGUCUUGCCGAUCUUACUAUCUGCCUAGACAAAAGAAAUGCUUCUGGCAAGAUAGAGAUGUAUCAGGAACCUCUUCUCUACCGCUGCUCUAUGGAACUUCACUUAUUGCGGAGUUACCAAAAUGCAACAGCCAAGCGAGUGGCCAUGACCCGAGCUGACAUUCAUUGUGGGAGAAUGGAUUUCAGCCUCACAGAGCAGCAGGUGCCCAUGUUGAUGCGAUUGGCACUGUUGGCAAUAGCUCUGCAUGGCAAGGAACUACGUCAGGAACAGUCUCAGAAUGUGGAACAGGAUUUAGAUACCAUGCAGGACUCUGUUCCUGUGACAGUGACUGAUUCAACAAAUGAGUCAUGGGCUGGCUGGGCCUGGAGUUGGGUUCCGUCAGUUAUGCCCAUAUAUUGGAAUGAAGACUGGUCUGCUGAACACCAUCGUGCCUAUGUAGGCCAUACUUAUCACACAGGUUUCUAUGUUGAGCAAGCCUCAGUGUCUCUCAAGGUUACAGAGAGCUCACCUGACUGGAGUUACUAUGGGCCUCGCAAAGUUAAAUUUAUACCAUUCCUAGUUAUACAGCUGCAAGGGUGCUUUGUGGACUUUGUGAUGCAUGGUGCUGGGUGGCUCAAUGUUCAGACAGGUGUGAGUCAAGUUACUGUUGAACCAUAUGGUGACUGCUUCUGUGGUGUUAAAGAAGCAGCAAUCAGUACUAGUGCUAUAGAGAUGAAGGACCAUAAGGAAUUGGUCUACUUUGCAGCAGGGAAUGAACAGAAUAACUAUUUGGCUGACUCUCUGUUUGACCCAGCUGCUGUUGAGAACAAAGGAGAGAAGAAGACCUACAAUAUGUCAUGGGAGGACCAUCUUUCUACAGUAACAGAGGCAUUGCUGUUAGAAAGGAGUCCAGCAAUUGCUGUGGAUUUUCUCUACAUGUUGGAGCUGCCAGAUGACUUUAACUCAGAGCGAUUGUCAGAGCUUGGUAGUGAUCUUGAGUAUAGCAACCUUCCUGAAAAGUCACUGUGCCGUGUAGUUGUGGGACCAGUAGCCGUUAAAGUUUGUUCUGGCUUGUUGCACCGCCUUCAAAUAGUCCAGCAUGCUGCUAGACUGUAUGAUUACUCUCCAUAUAGCACUCCAAAACCAGAGCCAUCCCGAGAGCAGUUGCCUCCACCAUCAGCUGAGGAUUAUGACUCACUGGACAACAAUAUCCCUAAACAAGUGAUCCAGGUGACCCUUUUCAAAUCAGUAAUCAACAUCCAUCUGGCAGACCAUCCUGUAUUUGACCCAGUUAUGCUUCAAGCUCCUAGGAAGCACAGAAAAACAAAACCUCUGAGCAAACAAAUGACCCAUUUACCCAAGGUUACUUUAGAGUGUCAAUGUUUUGAUGCAAGAAUUGUGAAGCCCAUGUAUCCCUGGAGACUAGUCAUCACUACAUGUCAACUGCCUGCGCCCUCACAGCAUAUGUUUCAUGCAUGUCAUUUUCAUGCCAAUGUCAAGUUGCUAGGUGUGAGCAGUCAGCUGGUGCUGAGUCCAGGAAGCCAGACAACUGUCUUGAUGCCAAGUAACCUUUCUUACACUCGACAGAACCUUAUGCUGACACGUUACUGGAAUAAUCCUGAUAUUCCACAUACAGACCAGACAUUAAAAGCAGAGAGUCUUACAAUGACUUUUACCAAAGCCAAAUUGAUGGUGAUAUCAAACAUCAUUCAGUCACAAUUUGAUCCUACUUCAGCAUUUGAUAUCAUCCAGAAUUCAACACUGCUAACAGAUGCUGCUAAACAUGCUGGUGUUGAAUACCUGGAAUUGUGUGUGGAAGAAAUAAGUUAUCGGCAAGUAAUCACUCCUGGUACUGAAGGUUUCAUACUCAAUGUAGGUGCACUCAAGGCAUUUGUACUUGAAUUUCCAUUGAACCAUGGUGCUUCUAGACCCCAUGGCAAUAUGUUUGAUGUUCUUUCUGAGCCACAACAGGCUCUUGUUCUGUCUGGCCCUGAAAGCUUAUCAUUCCUAGAAGCUGUUGAUCCAAAUCAGAUAGUACAACAACCUCUGCUAUGUCUGACAUUGCAGUACACACGAGAUCCCAGUGUUCAAGAUCAUCCUCCUCUGCUCUUCUUCAGUGUCCGUGAGAUACGUGCUUGUGUGGACCCUAUGAUGUGGCGAUGGCUUCGUUAUGCUCCUGAUUGCAUUGUUACAAGAAGUGACCUGUGUACUUUGGAUACCAAUAUAACUACCUGUAGUAGUACUGUCCAUCGUCGUUCUAGAAGGUUAUCAUCAGAAGCCAGUGGAGGGACUGGGCUAGAAACAGGCCCUGCUCGACGGGCUCCUACACCUCAGGAGUCUGUUCACAGCAGUUCAGAUCGUGAACAAAUAGUAGUCCAAACAGGGCUAUCCUUGUCUCCUAUAGCACAUAGUCGAGGGACAAAGUCAGAAAGUGCCAAGAGAGCUUCCACAUCAACAGUUCCAGAACAGACAACAAAAUGGAGCAGAGAUAACAUUCUUCGUUGGUUUCCUGUGUGGCGUGGUAUGGUUCUCAGUGGUGAUGUGGCCCAGUGUGUCAUUUACCUUCCAAUGGCUAGUUUAUCUGCGGUAGGAGCACAAUCAAUAGAAGAUGCAUUAGCACAGUGUUUGAGCAGUAAGACAUCUCCACCUCCUGAAGUUCUGGUUAUGACAUUACCAUUUCUUACAUUGCGCAGUGCAUCCCAGAAGCAGGCCCUUCACCAGUAUACAUCUAGAUUACCUGUAAGGCUACCUGAAAGUGUUUGGACUAAAGAUAAAGUUAAUUUCCCAUGGAGCUUGGCACUGGCAGAUCUGAGUUGUUACACCUUGCAGAAUGGUACGAAACUACAUUUCCUGAAACCUGUGUCUGCUAAUGCCACUGUUGGGAUUUCCGCAAAGUAUCAGAAUGAUGAUGAAGUACUUGGAACUCUUGGUGUCUGUGUACAUGUUGACACAACUCCAGUCAACAUAUCUCUAUCUCAGGAGCAGAUGAGACUGAUGACAAGUGUGCUUUUGGAACUUUUGGAAUUCUUCUCCAGUCUCCAGUUCUUUAGCAUCUUCUCUUCAGAAACUGGCUCAGCUCCAGACCAACCCACUCCGGUUAGCCCUACCAUAUUUCCAGAGAGCAGUGGCAGCAGGGAAUCUCCAACAACUCCUCUUGUCACACAAGAUUCUAAUGAACAACAAAGUGGGUUGUCUGAGCAUUCAGAUACAGUGAAAAUAACAGUUUGGAUGCAGUCAACACUUGCUCGACUCAGAAUUUCACUAUAUGCGCUGAAUGACAGUGCCCCAAAAGAUGAGCUGAAGUUAACAGUAGAUAUGGAGGACAUCAUGACUUCUCUUGACCUUCAACCAGUCUAUCUGAAAGUGAAGUGCAAGGUUGCAUAUGCCAACAUUUUGCAUUAUAUUAGGAAGCCAAAGAGCACUUCUUGGAGGCUUGGUCCAUAUGCUGGUUUAGUGAUGCGUAGGCAAGAAAAUCUUGCUUCACCACCUCCUCAUGCAGUUCAUCGAGAUGUGGAUGAUGGUAGUGGAUUUCUCAGUGUCACAUUUACAUGUGCAAAGUGUCGCAAUGUACACAGUCGCUGGGGUACUCGCAAACAGACAACACUGUUGGCAAAUGCUCGGAGUUGUGACACCAGUGUUGGGCUACAGGAUGAUACUUUAGCUGCACGUUACAUCAGUGAAAUUGUCGUGAAAGUACAGCCUGUGGACUUUGUCUUCUCAGCUACAACACUUGGCAGUUUCCUCACAGUGAUGUAUCCAAUCCUGAAGUUGCCAGAACAUAAACAAAUAUUCUCGCAAAAGAAGAAUAUUGGUGCAGCCUCCAACUGGACAAUGGAUAUCAACAACAGUACUUUGCCUCUUCUGUAUCUGGACACAUGCAACAUUAGAAUCAUUCUUCCAGCUUCAGAGAUGACUGUGGUUGGAUACAUGCAUAAUGUUUAUCUGUUGCAGGUAGAAGCCAUAUCUCUUACACCACAGGCAGACAAUCCAUUGGGACGUAUUGUGGUGCGCUCUGAUAUCUACCACAUGGCUGAGCAGACUCGUAUGCUGUGUGUUCCUGGUUCAGAAGUAGAGGACAGACAGUAUCAGCUGGAUAUCAAGGGAUUUAGUGUUAAUACUGGUACUUGGCAGGAACUGGAUCGUUGUCUCAGCUUGACAAGUUUGCAGACAACAAGCCUUCGCACCAUGAGUGAGAACCCUGCUCUAGAGUGGAACAACUUGGUGUCUGGCAAAGAAAACUUCACCCCACACAUGUCUCUCAAUACAGUUAUUGCACGAUUGAAUUUGUGCAUAGUGGCAGCCCCGGCCAUUGUGUAUCAUGGUAACAUCCUUGUCUGUGGACAUUCUCUAGAAGUCAAUGCAGUUACUGAUAUAGAGGUAUUGAUCAGCAUGGGGCAGCUAGUGCUAGCCUCAGCUCUAUUAGAAGAGGUUCUGCUCUUGUUGAAACCAUUUCUGGCUGACUCCUCAACCAAGACACUACCUCUUGUAGUACAUGCUACACCAUUAAUGAAACCCAUUUCAGAGGGCUCACUUGAGAUGGAAAUUGCAGGUGCCAACUACAACCGGUGUGUGGAUAGUGGAGUAGACUGUGCAGAUGCAUCAAGUGUUAGUGUGGUAGGCCGAGGUAUGGGGUUCACAGGAAAAGAAUGUAGUGAUUGUAAAGAGACUAGAAAAUUGACAGAGUUUGAUGUGUCGUAUCCUUAUACUCAUCAAAGACAAAAGCAUCCUGGGAGUCCAGCCACAGAGGUAACAAGCAAACGUGCAGUGUCCUGGAAAUCAAAUGUUGUAUCAAGCACAAGCGAGCACCAUCGACCUCAGGAUGUUGUUCCUGUUGAAAUUCUGCUUACAGCUGGCAAAGUCUCUUUUUCCCUGUAUGAGCUGAUGGAAGGAAAUAACAGUGAACUGCAUACCUAUGCAAGCAGACUCAAACAGAAACUUGUCUCUCAGCAUGUUCACAGCAAGUAUGACCUGAAUGAAGAUGUAGGAUACGAAGCUGGUUCAGAGGAGGGUUCUGUUGAAGAUGCAGUGCCUCCUCGCAAACACAUUCAGCCGUUACUGUACAUAUUAAUGGCGCAGCCUCAUGCCUUCCUGUCAAGAUUAUCGUUCAUGAAUAAGGUGCAGAUAUCUUGCUUUGACAUGAGCAUUACAUCAUCAGAGCAAGAUCAUGUAAUCCCUCGAGGAAUACCCCGUCCUGAAGACUUCUUGUCUGUGCUGCUGGAGACAAAGGGUGGAGAUCCUCAUCCUGACACAGGGAUUCCACCAGCCUUUCUCACAGUGAAGUGGUCUGAAUCUGUUGGCAAGGCUUCCAAAAUAGAAGUCGAAAUGGGCCGUCCGACAAAGAUAUAUUAUAGCAUUGCACUAUGGCGCUUCAUUGAUGAUAUCCAGAAGAAACUGAAGCACUGUUUUUAUAUAUCUUGCUUUGACAUGAGCAUUACAUCAUCAGAGCAAGAUCAUGUAAUCCCUCGAGGAAUACCCCGUCCUGAAGACUUCUUGUCUGUGCUGCUGGAGACAAAGGGUGGAGAUCCUCAUCCUGACACAGGGAUUCCACCAGCCUUUCUCACAGUGAAGUGGUCUGAAUCUGUUGGCAAGGCUUCCAAAAUAGAAGUCGAAAUGGGCCGUCCGACAAAGAUAUAUUAUAGCAUUGCACUAUGGCGCUUCAUUGAUGAUAUCCAGAAGAAACUGAAGCACUGUUUUUAUAAAUUCAUGCCCUCUCCACACUCAAAAGAAACAUCUUGUGAGCCGGAGUUAGGUGUUUGCAUGAAAACUGAAGAAGCCGCAAGAAACUUGUCUCAUCAUGAUAAAUAUUAUUCUGAAACAAAUGUUGAAUCACCAUCCAAGGAAUCACAAGAAAGUGGGACAGUGCCUCAUUCUGAGAGAGAUUACUGUUCUUUAUCUCAUGAUCAGAAUCGCCCAUGUGGCCUUGUAACCAUCAAAGAUGAUAAGAAGCAAACCUUCAGAGACAGAAUAGGUGGAGUGGCAGCUGUUAGUAUCUCAAGCCAGCAGUUGGUGUUUCAAUUGUCUGGAAGGAGACAUGAGGCUGAGAUGGUUGUGAGUGUUGCUGGAGUGACUGGCACUAUGUCUCGAAUUGUUCGUGGUCAGGUGGACCGUGUAAUGGGCAGCGUGGCUGUCAGCUGCCUUAUGCUCACCACAGCCUUCAGAGGACUGUCACGACCUCUCCUCACUCCUUGGAGUAGCACUCUGGAUAUCUGCCUGGCCUGGGAACCUUGGCUGUCAAGUGACUCAUCUCCACAGGUUCAGCUAACAAUUGAUUCAGACUGCAUUUUGGUGGAUGUUGGACCAGAGCAUCUUCAUUCUUUACACUUGAUUUGGUCAGAGUAUGAGCCUUUCCUGAACUCAUUUCAAAUGAAGAGUAGGACAGAGUUGGUGGAGUCUGUAUCUCAUCCCCCAGAGCAAGAUCAACAUUACCGAGAUGAUCUUCGAGCUGGGGCUUUCCAGUUUGUAGAUGCAAGCAGUGGAUUCUCUCGAGAUGAUCUGCCACUUCCUUAUCAGGUGGUAUUCUGGCAGGCUCCACCCACUAUGGCAUGGAGAUAUCCUCAACCCAGGACCCUCACACGUGUUGAUGUCUUUCCCGUGCCAUUCAAGGUAGCAACAGAUCAUCUUGGUCAAGAACCAAAAGGCCAGGUAUUGUGUUCACUGCAAUAUUGGAGUGACUGUCGCGCCUGCUAUUUGCCAUAUGCGCAGUUUCAACUGUCAGAAUCAGAGAUGUAUCGCCUGGAGCUACCUACUUCCCCACAUAAGGUUGUUGCCUGUACAUGGCGAGUCCAGCUCACACUGCAGUCAGAGGAAGAUGAUGAAUUGCAUGAUUCAAGAGAUGUUUUGGUUUCUCCACGUGCUUUGGCUGCCUGUAUGAGAGUUGAUUCAUUCUUUGCUUCCCGUCAAGUGCCAUGUCUCCAAGCAGCAAUGAACAUCUCUUCGUUGCAGGUUUCUUUGUAUAACCACGUGAUCUCCAGUAAUGCAGGAAAGCCAUUACCUCUCCCACUCAAGAAUUUCUCUGUAGAUCAGAUGACUCCUGAGUCACAGUGCUUUAUGUCCAUUGCACUGGACAGCACGUGUCUGUACGUAUGCAUGUGGUCAAGUGGGAAUGUCAGCAUGGUUGAAAUGAACAGCCGUGUGCGCUGUGAUAUCAUCGAUUAUGCGUAUCUUACACAGCAAUAUGCCAUUGAGCCCUUUCAGGCUAAAGUACAGCUGACACUGGGUGAUACAACUGCUGUUAGUUGUGUUACAAAACCUAUAGGAGUGAGAUUUGGGCCUGCAAUUGGACACACUUUGGCAGUUUCAGCACAACUCUGGGCCCAGGCUUUUCGUAAUUGUGAACGGGAAGGGGACACACCAACACCCAGUGAAGAGUACCAGGUCAUUGUAAGUCGUUACAUUAUCUGCAAUGACAUGAUACAUCCAUUAAGGUUUGGACAGGCACUGACAGAUGAAGACAUACUUCUGGGUAGCUGUCAGUGCCAUUUUUACUCUUGGCGAACCCACAAGGUGAAACAGGUGCUCCGAGUAGGCGUAGAGAAAGGAGCAUGGGUGUGGUCUCAACCUUUCUGCAUUGAUGUCGAUGGUUUGCAGCUCUGUGGUUUAGCAGACUGUGGUAUGAAAGAUAUUAGCAUUGUUGUCAAGGUUUCAUCACUGUCAGCCACUCAGAAACAGGUAUGUGCAUCAGUAAUGAGGAUACAUUCUGAAACUGAACACAUUUUUGUAUUUGCAUAUGUUAUAUUUCAAAAAGUGUGUAUUUAUUUUCAGGUCAUUGUAAGUCGUUACAUUAUCUGCAAUGACAUGAUACAUCCAUUAAGGUUUGGACAGGCACUGACAGAUGAAGACAUACUUCUGGGUAGCUGUCAGUGCCAUUUUUACUCUUGGCGAACCCACAAGGUGAAACAGGUGCUCCGAGUAGGCGUAGAGAAAGGAGCAUGGGUGUGGUCUCAACCUUUCUGCAUUGAUGUCGAUGGUUUGCAGCUCUGUGGUUUAGCAGACUGUGGUAUGAAAGAUAUUAGCAUUGUUGUCAAGGUUUCAUCACUGUCAGCCACUCAGAAACAGGUUACUCUGUCAGGCCAGUUGGUUGUCACAAAUCUUCUAGCAGAGCACUUAGAGUGCCGUAUUUUGCCCAUGGUAGAUGAGGCUUCUGGGCCUCAAGAUGAAGAACAGAACUUUAUUGCUGUAGGCAAGAGCACUCCUCCAUCAGUGCUCAUUGAUGCAAACUGCAAGAUGACAUUGAGAAUCAGAUUCCAUGGGCUGGACAGUGUUUGGUCUGGAGACAUUCCCGUGCGAGAGAACUGCAGAUCUGGGCAGCCCUGGCUUGUUAAGGUCCCUCUCCAUGACAGGGGUCAGUUUUUGAGUGUAUGGUGCCGUGUGCUAUGCCAGCAUAUUGGACAAGGUGUGAAGAUCCUUGCCAUGCUGUGCCCACUUUACAUGAUCCGCUCAUAUCUGCCUGUUCCAGCAAAAGUACUAAUUGACACACCUGGCCUCAGGGUUCAUCUCCAGGCAACAGUUCAUGGUCGCGGAGAACAACAGCAGCUCUACUGUCCAGGCACAGUGGAUCAUUCACACAAAUUAACAUUCCAACUAGAAAAUGGUAUAACACCUUCUAAUCCGUAUGUUCCGUUAUCAUACACAGUGAUAGAUCAGCGCAAGUUUUUAAAAAUAGAUGAUAAAGAUGUUGAUAUAAAUGCCAUCGUGGCAUCCCUAAGUGAAGUCAAGACUCCAGUCUGGCCCUUUGUAGGGGAGGAAUAUGCAAAUGUGUCAUGGAUAUCAGCAGAACAACCACAGACAGAUGUGCAAGUGAAAUAUGUACCGCAGGGGCCGUUCUGUAGUACAUUGCUUGUGGAAUUACAGCCAUGGGCAUUGUUGGUCAAUGUGGUUGGUUAUCCUAUUGUCCUUAUAGUAGAAGAACGUACUGUCUGCAGGGUGCCACAUCAAGGUGUUGUCACACCUCCAAAACUGGAACAUACAUUCAGCCUGGGUAUGGAUGUUGGUGACAUAGUCCACGCAUCACCACCUCUCCAGUUAGCUCGCCCUGACUGGGGAAAUAGCUUCUAUAUGCCUCGUAUCUCAGGCCUCUUACCAAAUUCUGGAAAUGUGCAGACAGUAGUGCAGUAUGGAAAAACUCUAGGUUACCUGAGUAUUGCUUCAAAGAUUGUGGAGGAAAUGAGAGUGAUUACUGUGCGAGCCAAGUACAUUAUCUGUAACCGAACAUCUCUCAACUUACAGGUAUCAGCAUUGGUAGUUCGGGAGUCUGAAAGGCAUUCAUAUUUUCUAACACAAGAGGAGCAGAGAUGUGUGCAUAUAGUUCUUCCAGACACAGAGGAUAAGAGCAAUAUGGGCAGGCCCAUUGCUCAGUGGGCUCUGCUGGGGAAAGAAGAGGGCGAAGGGGAGCUCGUUCCAUACAUAAUGCUGAACAGUGGUGCAGGCUGGAGUUGUCCGCUUUGGGUCAAUGAUGGAAUAGUUCGUCACAGUUUUAGCAUUCCUAUUCCAAUGGAUAGUGACGGUGUGAGUAAUUGUGCCUACGUUCUGACAGUUCAAGAAUAUUUGGGCCAGGUUUUCUUGUCAGUGUAUCCAGAAAUACAUCCUCAGAUCACGCUGCAUAACACAUGCAGCUUCAAGAUUCUGUGUGCUCAGGGAACUCCAGACAACGAUGGCAAAGCCGUUGAAGAGACUUCCAAUUUUGAUUGGUGGUGCAGCGUAGCAGCUCAUAGUAGUGCACAUUAUAGCCUUCCGGCUGCCUCAGAAAGAUUUCCAGACAUUGUCUCUCCUGGAAACUGGCCUCCUUUGGUUCUGGCAUUGUCUGAUUCAUUCCCUCAAAGAGAGGGUACUUUACUUUGGUCCAGAGGAGUCAGUAUCACGGAGACUCAAGAGCAGUUUGUACGACUGCCUGGUCACGGUGAUGUGAAGAUCCGGAUUGAGGUUGUUUGUCAUACAACGCACGUAACAGUGGAAACUGUGAGUCAUGUUGAGAUAUCUGCUCGUGAUAUUCGAAGCAGACUGAUGCGUCAUCAAGAAGACACAGAACCUGCCGUUGUGGAGAUGUUAUUCCAUCAUGCCUCACUUCCCCAGUCAAGAACUUCAUGUGCUUCACAGUAUCUGUCUGCGUCAGAUUCUUCACAGAUGGAACUUGGACAUAAAAUGAGUGACACAAGCUUAAUUAGUGCAGGUGAUAACAAGGGUUACUUUCCCCUGGGUCAUACAGUGACUAAAUUACAAACUCACGAGUCCACAGCCUCAUCGACGUCCAUCCUGCCGACUGUUGCUGACCACCGUAACAUUGUUGUGGAAGAACUUCUGGCACCAAACAUUACAAAACAUUUCCACGCUACCUUUUUCCUGAGAGGGAUUCACGUCACCCUCACUCAAGACAUUCCGAAGCCGAGAUCUGAGAGAACUGAAAUUGUUCUUCUUAGUCUUGAUAAUGUUUGUAUUUCUGUGAAACCUCAGUUCGUACGAGAAGACUCUGAAGAGUUGAAUGUUUGUGUUACUAUUGGAGAUUUACAGUUAGACAAUCAGAUGUUCCAGCGUGGUGGUUUUGACUUCCCAGUUAUUCUUAUUGGCCAAGUUCCAAAACGUAAUUUGGGCUGUGGAUUCUCCCUGUCUGUACCUGCAUCAUGUCUGAUGGAACAGUUUUCAUCAGACUCCCUUAUCGUGUUCAAUGCUUCCCUUGAGAUGUUAAAUAAUGGAGAGGGUAGUUGUAGUGUCAUGAAACAAUUGAAAGUAUCAUUUGGACCACUUUGUGCAUAUAUUGAAGAUACCCUCAUAACAAAGUUGACUGAGUAUUUGACGUGCCUUCUGCCUACUACGUUAAUUCUGUCACCACCAUCAGACAGUGGUUCCAGUCUUCCACCAAGUGCAUCGUUGGUUCCCAUACCUAAGAUCACUUGUUGGGACUCGAGACAGGUGGCCUUUCCUCUUCGACUCCGCACGCUGACAAUUCAGCCUCUGUCCUUGCUUCUUAGUGUUCGUACUUCGGUGAAGUUGUACAUCGCGUUGGAUCAUUCACCCUUGCAGUUCUCUGCCUUUGAACGAUCAACUUUGAUCACAACUUCGUAUCAGUUGGGACAUACUUUAACGAUGCAUUAUUUAUCAGGAGCCAUAUUUGGAGCUGGUUGGAUGGUAGGUUCACUGGAAUUGUUGGGCAGUCCUGGUGGGUUUGCUAGAACGUUAGGAACUGGAUUACGAGAUUUUGUAAGUCUUCCGUAUCAUGGGAUCUUUGAGGGACCAUGGGGAUUUCUAGUUGGUGUUACCCAUGGUUCGGCUUCUCUAAUGAAACAUGUGACAGCAGGAACCCUGAGCUCAGUAACUAAACUAGCGGCCAGCGUGGCCCGAAAUCUAGACAGACUGACCCUUGAUCAGGAACAUCUGGCAAGAACUGAAGAACUGAGAAGACGGCGGCCACAGGGCGUUACUCAGGGGCUACUUCAGGGACUAACAGGAUUGGGCAUUAGUUUGUUGGGAGCUGUAGGAGGAAUUGCACAUCACCCCUUGCAAUCAGUGAUGAGUGAGGGAGCUUCCACUAGAGGUCUUGUAACGGGAGUGGGGUUGGGAUUGGUUGGAGCUAUCACAAAACCACUGAGUGGAGCUGCAGAAUUGGUGGCUCUUGCAGGACAGGGCUUGCUGCAUGGGGCAGGGUGGACAUCUCUCCCAGAAAUGAGGCAGCAAUCUGUCACCGAGUACGCGUUCUCGGGUGCCAAUUCACGGCUCAAGUACAGCUGGAAGUUGAUAGCAGAACUUGGAGUUGGCAGUCACUCACUGUUACACGUGACUGAAGCCACCGGCCUUACUCCUUCAGGUUCUUAUGAAGCUGUUGCUUUGGUGCUUACCACACGGGCACUCUUUCUGGUGGACACAGAGGAAGAUGUAACAAGGCGAGUUCUUUCUUUGGCAGAGGUUUCGGGCAUGGAACACGCGUCUGAUCCUACACUGCUGUGUUUUCGAUUUCAGACGGCAGUGGAGAUGGAAGCCGCUUCUCGCGCUCGCGUCGUGGAUUUUGUUCGACACAGCUCGGGUAUGGUUCCUGAUAUUGCUCCUGAUGGUGCACAGUCUGAAGCUGAGUCCUCAUUCUCUGGCAGCCCCAUACUUUCAGAACCCCCAGGCUCAACUGAUGCUUCACUCAUGUUUUAUGUAAAUCCACAGUUAAGGAAUUACUUUCUGUCUGUUCUUGCCCUGGCUAAACGUCAAAGUGAGGGACGAGGAUUUGCGGUCCUUUAAUUUUACAUUCAUUGUUUCGAACAAUAUUACAUUUAUCAGUAUUUUUGUUGGUUUUUAGUCUUUUGUUAUAUUUUUGAAGGAUUGUGAGUGAUGUUGGGGUACAAAUUGUGUUGGUCUUUUGUGUGCUUCUUGGAUCGUAGUUUAUAGUAGCGUGAUCUUCAUCGUGAAGAAACACAUAAAUUUGAAACUGUCUGCAGAAACCGCAGUCCAUGUCUUCUGGUCAUCUGACAUCUGCUGUAGUGGAAACUGAAAUAAGUAAAACUUCUUGAGGUCAUAAAAGGUAUCAAGAAAAGAAAACAGUGGGUUAAAUUAACGAAACCACAGUUUUAUUAAUGUGUGACGCUUGUCAGUGUGAGAUUUUUAAUUUUCAGUAAUUUGGUAAGACAAUGUUUUCAUUUUUUGGAUGUGGAUAAUGAUAUGGAAAUUUGAAAUUUGCAAUAACUCUUAUUUAUUUUACAAGUACCCUUUGCAUAUCUACAGAGCACAGAAUUCUUUUAUGGUCUACUGUGUCUGUGCACGUUUAUCGUGCUCUGGAACUUUGAACCUUCCUCGUACUCUGAUUAAAUCUGAGAGAUGUAUAUGAGACUUUACAAUUUAGGCCGUUGUCACGGCAGCAAAGAUUUUGAUUGGUGGAGAUGAUGUGUUUUGCCAAAACAUCGCUGUCUACCUGCAGGUGCACACGGUACAAC